UGGCGGCGUCUUCCCACGCUUUGCCUAAGGCAGGCUUGGAUGGGGGCUGGUAGCCACCCGCUAGGGAACUUGCGCCUGGGGGCAGGUACCAGCAAGUGCCUCCUCCACAGAAAUCCGCGGGCCAGGUACCUCCUCCCCUGUAACCCCCGUCCCACUGCGGCUCUCUCCUCUCUCCUCUCUCCCCCCCCCCCAAAUCUCCUCUCCUCUCUAUUCCACUCUCCCCGUGUCUGUCUCGCUCCUCUCCCUCCCUCCUCCGUCGCUCCGCUUCCUCUCUGUCUUGACAUCUGUCUUGACAUUUGUCUCUCCUUUGUCUCGUCUCUCCUUUCACCCUCCUGUGCCGCCUACCUGCUGCUAUCUAUCUUUCUCUCGCUGUAGUCCCCCUUCUUGGUUGUCAGCCUAGGUUAAUCCGCUCCCGGUCACUCCUUGUGUCCCUCCGGACAACUCUCCCACCCCGUAUUCACCCACCCUAAAUCAGCCCUUUGCCGUCCCCGCCGUUGCAGGUCUGAAUACGAUCCCUACUACGGCUUUGUUCUCUGGCGAAUUGGGCUUGGUAUUCUGUGUCCCGUCCACUACCCCGAUUUAUAGCAUUGCCCAGUCUCCGGUAUCCUGAAAUAUCCAACGAUCCCUACUUCUCCCUUCCCGCAUCGUGUUCAAUCGAGCCCCAACCCUUUUUUACAAUCAGGUGGAAAGCAAACUGCUAGAGACCCUCUCGCGGGCUAGACGAUCAAGGUCUGCCGCACUGCGGCGGCCGUGAGUGACGGGUUGGGUCGCAUUGUUGUCGUGUGCUCUCUGUCGAUAUGGCGCCCUUCUUUGGCAAGUUAAGAGGCAAUGCGGGAGCUGGUACUCCAGCCUCUCCGACCACUCCGGUCAAGAAGGACAUCCUUCCUCUACCUAUGACGCCGCUUGAGAAGAUGUUGCAAGACGCAGGCCCGUUGCGGAAUGACGGCAGUGAUAAAUUUUUCGGAAUGGAAAACGCUCAGUAUGGAAAUACAUGUUACUGCAAUUCGAUCCUCCAAUGUCUUUACUAUUCAGUGCCCUUUCGAGAAUCCGUUAUAAACUACCCUAGACGCUCCCCCAUAGAAAGCCUCAACGAAUGCCUCGCAAAAAAUUUACGUUACCCAGACCCAAAUGCGCCAAUGGAGGAUAAACAGGAAGCUAAACAAAAAGCGGCUGCUAACUCUUCGGCCAAGGGUGGAGCAACUCCUCCGGCGCAACAACCGCCAAAGCCAGAGGAUAAAGACUCUCCAGAAUAUAAGAAAAAAGUUGCGAUGCACAGGCUUCCAAUUCUAGAAACAACAGAUAAUGCCACAAGCUAUGGGAUGCAAGAAUCACUUUUUACAUCACUGAAAGAUAUUUUCGAAGCUAUAGUUGCUAGUCAAGAGAGGAUGGGUGUCAUUCGGCCUUACACCUUUCUCGAAGUUUUGCGACGAGAGCAUGAAAUGUUUAGAACAGCGAUGCAUCAGGACGCACAUGAAUUCCUUAAUUUACUGCUAAACGAAGUGGUAGCUAAUGUGGAAGCAGAAGCCAAACGUUCACCACCUCCAGAGCUGGACCAGCAGUCGGAGAAUGGUGAAAUGUCAGUGAAUACCACAACCACAGGGUCUGUAGCUACGACGCUGGCGACCUCCAACACCUCUAAAUCACCGAAUACCACACGAUGGGUGCAUGAGCUUUUUGAAGGGACUUUGACCUCAGAAACCCAGUGCCUUACAUGUGAGAAUAUAUCGCAGAGAGAUGAAGUUUUUCUAGAUCUAUCUGUCGAUCUUGAUCAGCAUUCGUCAGUAACGUCAUGCUUACGAAAGUUUUCAGAGGAGGAGAUGCUCUGUGAACGGAAUAAAUUUCAUUGCGACAAUUGCGGAGGACUGCAAGAGGCUGAAAAACGAAUGAAGAUUAAACGAUUACCGCGCAUUUUAGCACUUCACCUAAAGCGCUUCAAAUACACCGAGGAUUUACAAAGACUCCAAAAGCUAUUCCAUAGAGUGGUGUACCCGUAUUACCUUCGAUUAUUUAACACUACCGACGAUGCAGAAGACCCGGAUCGUCUCUAUGAGCUUUAUGCUGUCGUUGUCCACAUUGGUGGUGGGCCUUAUCACGGCCACUAUGUUGCCAUCAUCAAAACAGAAGACAGGGGGUGGCUGCUUUUCGACGACGAGAUGGUGGAGCCAGUUGACAAGAAUUACGUCCGCAACUUCUUUGGGGACCGGCCUGGAUUAGCCUGUGCAUACGUGCUCUUCUACCAAGAAACAACUUUCGAAGCGAUGCAAAAAGAGCAGGAAAAAGAAGGCAUGACUCCGGAAAAUCGAGCAUCCGUGGACACCAAGGAUUUAGUUUCCGCCUCGCAAUCCAGAAUGAAUGGCUCCGCUACUGGCUCCGACGAAAUAAAUCGCGUACAUACAGUAAUCCCCGCUACUGACUCCGCAGUAACGUCGCCCCUGAAAAAAAUACCAACUGCACCGCAGCCAUCUGCACAACCCGAGAAUUCGACCUCUGGUUUCGCACCCCUCCCACACCCCCCACAAAUUCCUGUGACGCCCCCCUCGGCCCCCCUUAAUUCUAAAAAGAGUGACGCUGCCUUCAAAAAAGAGCGAGCAAAGGAAGAAAGGGAACGGAAAGCCGCAGAGAAAGAGAAGGAAAAGGCACAGAAACAAAAACGAAAGGAACUAGAGGCUAGAUUGAAGGAAGAAAUUAAGCGGCAAGACGCCGACCUCAAGGCGGCGUUGGAGCUUAGUAAAGCUUCUAAGACUGAGGAGGACCGACGCAUCGCAGCUGCUCGGAACGGUAAAGAGAACGGCCAAUCUGGAGGAUUGGGUGGAGGACUUGGUCGAUUCAAACUGGGCAGUAGGAGCUUGAGCCAAGGUAGAUUAUAUUACAGGGAAAAAGAAAAGGGCGCAAAAUCAUCGACAGACACGCCGCCAGUGCCCGCACUUCCAACGUCCCCGGCCCUCCCAUCGCCCGAUCUAGGUCCUAGAAGUCUAGCUGCGGAAAGUAGCCUAGAUAACAAUUGGCCUUUGAAGGAAGAAGUAUCCUCCCCCGUGCCAACGGACUCCACCACCCGUAACAAAGAUGAUGGCAGCGCAACCCCAAAAAUACGACCAAACACAUCAAGCUUCUUCAAUAAUAUGAAGAUUCGGCAGCGAGAGGUCCCAAACAACAGCAACCGUACCAGUGACCAUACCAAUACCAAUAACAUCAACGAUCACAGCCAUAGCCACCAUGCUCACACUCACAGCUACGACCACGCUCAAAGUCAAAAUCAGAAUCCAACCUACAAUGGCACCGGCAGCGUCAAUAAAAAUAACGGGAAGCCGCUGCAGUAUGCAACAUCAAAGCGCAGCCGGUUCAGUUUACGAAAGAAAUCGUUCAGCGUGAUAUAAUUCUUUGUAGUCUACAUUACAUCGCUCUGGGCUUGGGCAGGAUAGGAUGCAUUUCACGUCCACGACCCCUCCUUUUAUCUAGCUAGUGAUAUUUCUUAAAGUCGGCUCUGUCCUCACAUUUCUCCGCGCUCCUAAAUCCUUCCUCCUGCCUCUCUCAUGUGCCCUCCCUCAAUUUUUCUUCUUCUGCUUCAGUUUCUUGCAUAUAUGUAUAUGUAUAUGAUCGCAUGCGCCAUCUAACGUCACCUGUCAUUGGAAAAAAAAAAGAGGGGUAGGAAUUGAACAAGGCCAAAGGAGGGACGUGGCAUUUGUUUUUUAUGUCCUAAUGUCCAGCAUUGUUCCCUUCUACUCCCUUAAAUCUAUUUUUUGCAUAUAGCUUUAUAUCUUCUUUCUUGUCUCCUCUUACUCUUUUUUUUAUUUAUUUUUCUGCCUGGUCUCUGCUGUACAUAAACAUCUAUCAGGUUAGCUAGCUGUCUUUUUUCAUUCCUUUCUGUUCCGUGUAGAACUUGUUUUUGUUUUUUUUUUUUCCACAUUUUUGUUUAUUUCCUAUAUCUUGUCUUCUUUGAUAUUUCUUCUAUAACUUGACUUUGGGCUAGUUUGGCUUUGUCUUUGGUUAGGUAGGCUAUUUAUUUCUAGUGAACGGUUGGGUUUUUUGGGUUUUUUGCCCCUUUUUUCGUUUAUUUUCUUUUUUAAGUGAGCAGUUCUGUUCCUACCUUAAUUCUGCUCAAUUUCAACCAUCCUGCUUUAUAUUUAGUCGCUUUUACCUAUGCUUGCUUGGCUAAAUGGAGGAGGCGGAGGAAGAUGAUCCUCAAUUCUAUACCCAACUCUCGUUUCAUAUCAAAUAACUAACCACGAGCGCUGGCGGGUGGGGAAAUGUCUCCAUGAUCUAAUUCCUAUAUUGCAGUGGAUGUUCCCCCCUGUCAGAAUACGAAAAAUUCAUGCCAAUGCCUCCUAUCUAUCACUAUCCUUCUACGUGCUUUUAGUUAAUACUUCGGGAAGUAAAAAGGCGCUGGUGCUCUUCGUCGCGCGCAUCCCUCCAACAAUUGAUAAGGGUAUGCUUAGUGAGGUAUUUAAGGUUAGCUAGCCGCAUGCCAUACAGACACCGCCUACACUUUGGUGGGUGAAGUGUGUGGCAGGUGGGUGAGUUGUUUCAUGCUCCCUCAGCAGAUGUCGUGAAAAAGGUUUGAAGGAAUAUAAAUUGGCGAAGGAGGGUAGGUAGAUGUUAUGAAAGUCGGAGGAAAUUGGUAAGGGGAUAUCAGGAUAAGAAAGAAAAUUCGUAUAUACGAUCUGAUUAAAAGGUUCUUUGAAAUGUCCCGCUCUGUAAAAAUGAAAAAGUAAAAAAUCCCGUUGUUGCCCUAUAUCCCCCUCCCUUCUCUUUCCCAGCUUGCUUUUCUCCCUUUCUAUCCCAAGAUAAUUUCGUAAGUUAUGAUUAUUAGGUUAAUUACGAUCAGGGGAACUAGGAAGGCCUUCUGUGUCAGC